UGCGGUUUGAGUUAUCGUUGUACCUAAAUUCCUCACGUAGCCUUCGGACUUUGACACAAUGGCUGGGAUAGCGUUAGUGCGCAGCGUGAGCAGAGCUGUGCUGUCAGCAUCUGGUGCAAAAGCCGUCAGAAUCAGAGGGACCAAGUGCUAUUAUACUGCAACUUUGAGAAGGACCACCACUGCUCUGACUAGUGGCAGGACUGCAUUCCUCCUGGGGCUCCCACUGUGCUGUCUGGGUUAUGAAGCUUAUCACAGAGUGCGGAGUCCAGCUGUGGUUCUCGCUUUAGAAAAGAGGGAGGUUCUGGAGCAGGCUGACUACCUGUACAGCUGUGCAGAGACAGAGAAGCUGUACCAGCUGCUGCUGCAGUACAAGGACAGUGAUGAUGCAGAGUUUCUGUGGAGGUUGGCCCGUGCAUCUCGCGACCUGUCCCUCCUGCCCAACAUGGAGGCCGCACGGAAGAAGCAGCUGAUAUUUGAGGCCUUCGAAUAUGCAAAGAAUGCACUGGAGAAAAAUGAGAAGUGUUUUGCAGCACACAAAUGGUAUGCUGUAUGUCUCAGUGAUGUUGGGGAUUACGAGGGAGUCAAGGUGAAAAUUGGAAAUUCAUACAUUAUCAGGGACCAUCUCGAGAGAGCCAUUGAGCUCAAUCCAAGUGAUGCCACUUCCUUACAUAUUUUGGGCUACUGGUGCUUUGCUUUUGCUGAGUUGCCAUGGUACCAACGCAAAGUGGCAGCUGUAAUUUUUUCAUCGCCACCUACGUCCACAUACGAGGAGGCUUUGGAAUUCUUCCUGAAAGCUGAAGAAGUUGAUCCAAACUUUUACAGUAAAAACAUGCUCAUGCUCGGGAAGACCUACAUGGCCAUGAAAGACAAACAGAAAGCGCUGCUGUGGCUAACCCGAGCAAAAGAGUACCCUGCUCACACGCUGGAAGACAAAGAGGUCCACAAAGAAGCUGUUGACCUCUUGAAGAAGCUGGGAUCAAGCUGAGCAGAAUACGAUGCCUUUUAGGACUUUUGGAGUACUGAUCAUUUCUGACAUAUCUUUAUUGUAUUUCUAGUUUUGUAACAGUUAAUAUACUAGAACUGUGAGUGGCCUUGCACACAGAAAUUACCCAUCAUGCAAAACUAUAACAUGCAGCAGUUGAUGUUGCGUUAGUAAACAAUCUACAUGGUCUCUUUGUGUCUGCUAUUGCCUGAAUUCCUCUCAUACUCGUGUUCCUCUCACAUCUGGGGGGGUGAGAUGUGAGGCAAGCACAUGGCAUUUGCUGAGUUAAAUAUUUGAAAAUGUGUGAACAUGUGUCACUUUUUACAUUCAGAUCAAGAAAUGGAACCAGUUUCAUUACCAAACUCUACCUGAAUACUGACAAUCAGCCACCAGUAGCUGGAUUCGCAUUGACUGUGUUUUAACUGGAGGGCAGUUUGUCUUCAAAGCAAUGUCAAACUCGUUUGUCUUUUGACAUUCAGUGAGUCUGCCUGUGAACACUGAAGAGAUACUUUGUGUUAAAGUGGAAUGUGACAUCAACCUGUAUAAUAUUUAUAUACAUUAACAGUUUGAAAGAGCAGUAAUACACCACUUAGAAACCUAUUACUAUAGAUACUGAUACUAUAGAAGUGAUUAGAUGGCAGAGUUGGCAUAUGUUUAAUUUAACAGCUUUGACCCAGAGUUAGUGUUAAUGAGUGAGUACUUUUCAAGAGUGAAAUGUCCUGUGUGAAAAACAGUGGUUUCAUGCAAUAUAGACAUCUAACAAAGUUUCACUUUAAAGGCAGAUGUAGCUGGGUUGUGAUGUCAUUUUACCUCCAAAUCGCCAAAUGAAUGUUUACUGACCUUUUAUAUGAGUGUGUUGUAUUGUUAGGGUUCUGGUGGGGAUUGAUUUUAUGUUUGUGUAGGCCAUUUUUAGACUACAUUCUUAUACUACAUCAUGCGUAACAAAAUAAAACCCAACAAGACUUCAGUGGUAGAGUAGCACAAGCACUGCUAUCAGAAAAUGAAUUACCGGUAGUAACUGCAUGUGAAUGCUACAGCUGAAAUCGAAAAAUUGCAAAGCCCUUCUGAAUACACAGAUAUCGAAACCUGUAUCUAUUUUAGUCCUCUUCCCUUGACCAAUCAGGAGCCAAACCAUUGGCUCUAUUGGUUCCCACAAGGUUAGAUGAGAUGUGGGAUGAGCUCCAACCACACUGAUGUUAAGUGGACACAACUGCUUGGAGAGAUAACAUUAAUAACUUAAAAAGGCCAGAAACAGAGGCAGAAACUGCUGUAAGCAUGAUCAACAUGUGUGUUAAUGUCCCAGACUUGAAACCUUUUUGUGUUUUUCUCAGUCCAGCUAGGAGUCGAGCUGCUGACGCUGAAGUUCGCACAACCUGUGUGAAUAUGUAGAGUUUGUGCUCUGUACACUUUCAAAGAGAUUAUCAUUUUGAUAUCUGAAUAGUUUCUGUAGCUGAAAGUAUACAGGAGUGAAAAAUAUUGUACAACAGCAUCUGUCAGACGUGACACCUCUUAUUACAGCCACACACACACACACUUAAUUCAACUAAGUGGUCAGACACAUUUAUUACAUACUGUUCUUUCCACAGGCAAGAUCCAGUCGAAACAAAGGAUAAACCAAGAGCACAUGAUUUUUCUUUCAGAUCAGAACAGAAUUUGCCAGCAGUCUUAUUGUGAAUCCUGAGCAGAAGGCCUCUCAUCCCCCAAUAAUCACACAGCAAAAAAGAAAAACAAAACCAAAAAAAACAAAGCAUGGUCACAGAGGGGGUUUAUUUACUUAUUUAUUUGUAUCUCAUAAAUCCAUCUCUCUUCAUUAAAAUGGGUGAAAGAUUAAAAA